GCUGAUUGGCGGAUGAGCCACGCCGACAAAUUUGAAACUUGUAGGAUGGAGAGACUGCGGUGAGAACACACCGGAGCGGAGAUCAUCACACACGGAGGGGAGAGCGGAGGAGGACGACGAUGAACCUGGCCGACCAUUUAUCCGCGGAGAUCCAGAGCAGCGUCACCAUAGAAUAUCUCAAUAUGUCCGGCCAGACGCUCAAGAGGAAAGUCAUCCGCAACGCGCUGACCUCUCUGGGCCGUAACGAGUUCCGGGAGCUGUGCCUGCAGGUGAGCGAUGGGAAACUCCCCCAAAACUUCGCCCUCAAACAGAUCCAACUCUUCACCCGCUUCAUCCGAGACGGGAAGAGCUCCAUCGUCCUCCAACCGGACAACGUCCAGCUGCUGAUCUCCAACUGCCCCUCCGACAAGCUGAAGCACUUCAUGAGGACGCUGAUGAUCAAACACGAAGCCGGGAAGAAGGAGAAGCCGGUGAAUGACCGCAUGCGGCUGUUGGCCGGGCUCCCCCGCAAGUUUGAGACCAUCAGCCCCUUGCAGAAAAAAGACGUGGAGAAAGCCAAUGAGUUGCGGGCCAAAGCCAAUACAGAGACCCCCGUAAAGAGGAAGGGGCUGAGCAACCGAGGGCCCAAUGUAGCCAAUGGAUGUCCACAAAAACGGCCCAGGACGGAGUCUUCUGAGAACAGUCUGAUUUCGGAGCUGCGUCCCAGCAAGAAGCCCACGCUGAGCAUGCCGCAACGGAUGAACCUCUCCACCGAACAGUCGCUGGUUCUGAGCACCGUCCUCGGCGGGAAAAACGUCUUCUUCACUGGCAGUGCAGGCACAGGGAAGUCUUAUCUGCUGAAGAGGAUCAUUGGCGCUCUUCCUCCAAAAAGCACUUAUGCCACAGCGAGUACAGGAGUAGCGGCCUGUCAUAUCGGUGGCACCACGUUGCACGCGUUUGCAGGAAUCGGCUCUGGGAAGGCUCCCCUGGAGCAGUGUAUUGAAUUGGCGAUGCGGCCCGGAGUCCGCCAGCACUGGAUAAGUUGCCGUCACCUGAUCAUCGAUGAGAUCUCUAUGGUGGAGGGCGAGUUCUUCGACAAGCUGGAGACCGUUGCCCGAGCUGUACGCGGCCGGGACGAACCUUUCGGAGGGAUCCAGCUCAUCAUCUGUGGAGACUUCCUACAGCUUCCGCCCGUCACUCAAGCUUCCAGCCAGACCAAGUUUUGUUUCCAGGCGAAGAGCUGGAGGCGCUGCAUCCAUCUGACCAUGGAGCUGACCGAGGUCAGGCGACAGACGGAUAAAACCUUUAUUAACCUCCUACAGGCUAUUCGGCUGGGCAGAUGUAUAGAAGAAGUGACCAGGCAGCUUCUCCUGACCGCUAACCAUAAAAUCGAGCGGGAAGGGAUCCUGGCCACACGUCUGUGCACACACAAGGAUGACGUGGAUCUGACCAACGAGCGCCGACUACAGCAAUUGCCAGGUGACGCGCACACGUACGAGGCGAUAGACAGCGACCCGAUGCUUGUGAAGACGAUGGACUCGCAGUGUCCGGUGGGCCAGCGGCUGCAGUUGAAGAAAGGUGCUCAGGUGAUGUUGGCCAAAAACUUGGACGUGACUCGCGGAUUGGUGAACGGGGCCCGUGGCGUGGUGGUUGGCUUUGAGGGUUCAGGAAAAGCCCUGCCCAAGGUGCACUUCCUCUGCGGUGCCACGGAGGUGAUGAAGACGGAGCGCUGGGUCAUCAAAGCUCAGGGCGGAGUCUUUCUGACCCGCCAGCAGUUACCGCUGAAGUUGGCGUGGGCGAUCUCUAUACACAAGAGUCAGGGGAUGACCCUGGACUGUGUGGAGAUCUCCUUAUCACGUGUGUUUGAGUGCGGUCAGGCGUACGUGGCCCUUUCCAGAGCGCGCAGCCUCGAGGGCCUCCGGGUGAUGGAUUUUGAUGCCAAGGCUGUGACCGCCAAUCCGUACGUGCUGCAAUUCUACGCCAGGAUGAAGAAGGAGAGGGCGCUGCAGCAGAGCUGUAUGGAUGAUUUCCUGCUGGGGAAGGAAAAUUGAUGCCAAUUGUCGCUUUUCCUGUAAAUAUUUAGUGUACAGAACCAACUUUUAUUUAUUUUUUUACAUUAAAGCUUUUUUUAAAAAAA